GUGAUGUGUCUGAUAUUCAAAGACCUCUACUCUUCCUCCCUGUCCUGCUCAAGGGCUCAGUGGCUGGGCAUCGGUGGUUUGGACUGCUGGAUCUGUGUUUAGAAUCCACGGAUGGGGACCUGCAGCAAUCUGUGAGGGAACUCAGAGGCCAUGAUUGACUGGCACAAUGGCACAGCGCCCGGCCACCAGGAAGAUGAACGGAGCGCUGAGGAGAGGUCAGAGUGUGUGCUGGCUUACAUCCCUGUCAUCUACUACAGUGCUCUCUUGUGUGUAGGAGUGCCAGUGAACAUCCUGACAUUGGUUGCUCUUUCCCGGCUGGCUGCUCGUACUCAGAAGGCUCUGUACGUCUAUCUUCUUGCUUUAACCGGCUCGGACAUUCUCAGCCAGCUCUUUAUCAUCUUCGUGGGCUUCCUGCUCGAAACAGCCGUGUUUCACCGAGAUGUUCCUGUGCUACUGCUCCGCUCGGUCAGCAUGCUUGAGUUUGCCGCUAACCACGCCUCUAUCUGGGCCACGGUACCGCUCACAGUCGACCGCUACGUUGCUUUGUGCCACCCACUCCUUCACAGACAAAUCAGCUACCCAGCACGGGCCUGGCGAAUCAUUGCAGUGGUAAUCACCUUAGCACUUGCAUCUGGCGUGCCAUUCUUCUGGUGGUCAGACAUGUGGAGGGUCAGCCGCCUGCCAAACAACUUGGAUACUGCCUUGAUCUGGACCCAUGUGACUAUUAUCUACUUUCUUCCAUGCAGCAUCUUCUUGGUGCUAAACUCCUUGAUCAUCCUAAGGCUUCGGAAGAGACAGCGGAAUCAAAUGUGCCAUGACAAGAGUGGGCAGCAUCUGGCAGUGCCAGGCAAACUGGGCAAAACCACAGCUAUGCUGUUGGCAGUGAGUUCGGUGUUUGCCAUACUGUGGGCACCUCGCACCGGAGUGGUGCUCUACCAUCUCUAUGUGACAUCAGUGUACAAAGACUGGCGUGUGCAUCUAGCGUACGACCUAGCCAACAUGCUAGCCAUGCUAAACACUGCUGUGAAUUUCUUUCUGUACUGUUUUGUCAGUAAGCCCUUCAGAGCAGCAGUUAGGAACGUCUUGUUGUUUCGGGAGGGACCGUUGCACCCACGCCGGCCCCUACAUCACCAGCACACCCCUGCCAAUGCCUCCACAUCCUCUAUUUCCAGUGGCACCAAACGUUCUCAGAGAGAGGUCACUCCUCUCUCAUCCAAAAGUGCACACAUCACCAUGUAAUCCACCUCAGACCUCUGAUUUAAAGGGAGAGUUCACCCAAAAUUGAAAAUUCUGUCAUUCUGUUGAUCCAAACCUGUACUGUAUGAAUUUCUUUCUUCCACUGAACACAAAUGAUGUUAGGCAGAAUGUUAGCCUCAGUCACCAAUCAAUUUCAUUGCAUCUUUUUCCAUACAGUGACAGGCUUUUAGGCCAUGUCCACACUAAUAUGUUUUCGUUUGAAAACGCAUGUUUUUCAUGCCGUUUUGCCCUUCCGUCAACACUGAGAUGGCAUUUUUGUCUAGCAAAAACUGAGCUUUUCGAAAAUGCUCUCCCUAGUGGAUACAUUUGAAAACGCUGUCGAUGCAUUGUAGUGUGGACAGGGAAAACGAAAAUAUCUGAAAACUAUGACAUAUUUUUGUCAUUUGACGCAGUCAUGUGAUCCAUUCAACCCAAAAUGGCCGCCCAUGUUGUAGCGCUGUUGUUCUGCCAGCUUCAACCUUCACACUGCAUUCCUUCAAAGGCGAUGGAAAGUUCAUUUGGAAUUGCUGUCCGGCGACGGAACAUGAAGACAAUUGCAUUUCAGAACGUACAUGGAAUGGAAAUUUUAUGCAGAAUGUGCAUGUGCAGUAAGGGGAUUUAAGCGUUUUCAUACUGUAUGUUUCAUUGUGGAUGAGGAACUUUUGGAAAACGCUUGAAAACGGCAAUGUGGACGGACAGCGUUUCGAAAAUGAAAAAAGCAUUUUCAAAUGUAUCCAGAUUAAUAUGGAUGUAGCCUUAGUCCCUAACAGUCUGCCUAACAUUUCCUUUUGUGUUCAAUGGAAGAAAGAAGUCAUAUGGUUUGGAACAACGUGAGGGUAAGUAAAUAAUGACAUAAUUUUCAUUUUUUUGGGUUAACUAUCCCUUUUUAAAAUGUGUAAUUUCUGUACCACUAGUGGCAACAAAUGGAAUUGCAAAAAAAAAAAAAAACAGUUUCAAAACAGGUUUUCCAAACCAUCUGCCACUGGUCAGACAAACAGUCUUGCUCAUAAGACAAAAGUGAUUUUUCAGUACAUCAUGGACAUCUUCCAAUUAACUGUUCCACCAUCUCAAGGACAUAACUAUUCCACUCCAGUAAAAACUGUGUUUUUAUACUGAUGUAAAUAUCUGUGUUAUUUAUUGUCUGUCUUCUGCAGAGUAAAGAAAACAGACCAUAUUCAUGAAACAAAGAUAUUUGGCUCAUCGAAUUAGUACUGUUAUGUUAUUUUCCAUAAAUGGCUAUCCUUUAAAGAAAUAGUACAUCCAAAAUUUAAAUUCUGUCAUCAUCAAAUUAUUUACUCACUCUCAUGUUGUUCCAAACCUGCAUGACUUUCUUUAUUCUGUGGAACACAAAAGGUGAAAUUAAAUAUAAAUCAUAUAGAGUGAAUCUGGAAAAGUGCUGUCAACCUCACAAAUGACAAAAAAAGUGGUCCAUUUGACUUUUGACUAUAUUCCAAGUCUUCUAAAGCCAUAUGAUAGAUUUGUAUGAUAAAUGGACUGAAAUUUAAGUCGAUAUUCACCGAAAAUCUUGCCCUUGACAGUAGCUCUCAAAAUUAUUUGCAUCUACAUCCAUUCAAAUCCAUUCAAACAUCAAACCUUUUGUGUUCCUUAGAAGAAAGAAACUCAUGUUGGUUUGGAACAACCCGAUCUCAUGAAAAUUCGUACAUAGUUAUACGAGUUGGCUAUUUCGUAUGGUCUUGCAUGAUGUUGUUCGCAUAAACUAAUAUGACUUCAUCACAUGCAAAUUCCCGGAUGUCUAAUGCAGAAGAAACCGCGAGUUCCGCGCACGAGGCGUUAAGGACAUGCUUAUUAAUAUUAUGCCCAAACCCCUUAUCUAAACUUAACCAAUCAGUAGAGUGUGUAAACAUGAUAGAAAGCUGUUGUGUGUGACAGAAGCAAGUAAUUGUCACGUAUUAGAUGGAAACGAUGUCCAGCGAUGUCAUUGGCUGUAGUGAAAGUCAUAGGAAUUCAAACGAGUGCAGUCGCACGAUAUCAUACGAAUUUGGCAAAUUUAGAAAAGUCGUACGAAUCCUGACGAUUUCGCCGUGAGACUGAGUUGGUUUGGAACAACAUGAGGGUGAGUAAAUCAUGACAGAAUUUCCAUUUUUGGGUACUUUAAAGUAUCCAUUUAAAAUGUGAUAUUUUGAUAUUGUAAGAAAAUGUGUCAUGUAUUUAGUGUUUUUAUAAAUGUUACUCAUGCUGCAGGUAAAUCUCUGAACAUUUACAGUGAUGUUUAAUUAAUGGUCUUUUAUUCUGUUAUCAUUGAUUAAUUUACGAUCCUAAACAUUUCUGAAUUAUUCCUGCAUUAUUCCUCCCUUUAAAACUUUUUUAUAUGGCAUAUGUCUUCAGUAAUAUUCCAUAUGAGAAAACACAUGUAAUUACUCAAGCAUUUCAUUUUCUCAUCAAACAAGAGAAAGACAUGGUUACAUAAUGUUCUGGUCCAGACCCUUCUCGCAGCUGUAGGUUAUUUUGCAUGACUAAAUUAAACCCGUUCAGAGCCAGUUAAAUGUAGCAGAGUGAGAUGGUCAAGCUUUUUAACCCUGGUGAGCAAAGUGCAGUCGCUGGCUUAGCUGUUUAUUUUCAGUGCAUGGCUACUGAAUGGGGCUUUAAAAGGGGGUUGGAUGUGGGAACACAUCGACUGAAGACACCACUGUACAAACAGACCAAUCCCAAGAGCUCAAGGUCCGCUGAGCAAAGACACACACUCACUCACACUCACUCGUGCAAACAACAAAAAUUUCCACGUGUUAGAAUCUACCAGAAUCACCAGAAUUUUUCUGCCCCACUAAAGUCAAUUGUGUGACUCAAUUAUAUGAUCAGAUAUCACACAGCACUUGCCAGUAUAUACUUAAAGAGAACCGAUUACAUCUUUAACUACAAGAGCUCAAUCUAAAUGGAAAAUUUGAGAUUAAAUGGCUGCAUUCUUGAGGUUUUCACCUACACACUUGCCAAUUUAUACAGUCUUUUCACUUUUAAAGUAUGUGCAUCCAUUUUCCAUUAAAUAAUUCGUUUAAUUUAAAUAAAUCUGAUGGGAAGGGGGAAAUGAAGGGAAUAAGAUUGUAAAAAUCAAUUAAAUCAGUCCUUGAUUUUUCUAUGAUAACAUUGCUUUAACUAAAUGUGUUUUGAUGGCAUUUUUUGACUAAUGAUUUAAUGAAGCAUACUUUUAGCUAAAAGGUACAUUAAAAGCAAGUUUUAAUUUAAUAAUGCUAGUAAAUUACAAACGAGAGUCAGAACAACUAACAUGGUCUUGCUUUACUGCAGUUUGUUCUACAAAAACACAUGCACUCAGUUUGCUUGCGUUCAGAAGCAGCUUGAGCUUCGGUUAUGAACUCUUCUCAUCUCUUGUCCUUUUAGUGCACUUGUGUUUCUCAGCACCCAAUUUUGCAUCCUCUCUCUCUUUCCUUUUUUUUCUUUCUAGCUCUCUUUCUCUUGCCCUCUCUCUCCCCCUUCUCUAUGGUGAAAGGGAGCCUCUGGCCCUGUAUGUGUUAUCAGAUGUAGUCUCUUUGAAAAAGUCCCCUGCUGCCUCACAAACACAGAUGCCUGAGAAGAAAGCACAUCUAUCAUUUAAACCUUAAUGUGGGCAAAAGACUGACAGCAUAAGAGUGAGUCUAUAUACUUAAGACAAUAGAGAACCUGCUCUGUUUGAGGCCAGCUUUAUCCGAAGAGCUGAUAAUGACCUGCUAGAACAGAUGAGUCAGACAUCCAUUUUCCAACAUUAUCUGUUAAAGUCAGUGUGAAAUUACAUAUGCAACCAAAGGUGAAAUCAUGCCCAAACUAAUUAUACAUUUGAUCUGGUUUUGAACGUCUUUAUCUUUCCCUUUGCAUGCUAAAUGAAGACUGUACCACCAAAUGAAUACAUCUUACACUUAAAUAAAGAACUAAUACGAUGUUAGAAGGCGUUUUUUUUUUUUUUUUUAAUUGCGUAAAGUUACAUAUUUCCAAUGUGAAUCAGGAGAUUACUUGAUUUUAUCCAUUUGGAAUUGAUUGGAUCUCUAAAAGUGGGUGUUCCUAUACUUUGGUUGAAAGUUAAGUGGUUUGGGUACCAUUAGUCGCAAAGUAAUGUCAUUUGACAGGCAGGCUUUUUGAUGGAAGAUUAUGAAGACAAUUUUGUUUUCUUUAGAAUAAUGUGCACUAAGGAUUUGUGUACAAUAGGACCAGAAACAUGUAUUAAGAAAGUAAAUAUGGUCAGUUUUGCUGACCAAUGAUUUUAAAGGUGUUAUAAAUGUUCUACAGCAGAUUAAUGGAUGAAAUAAAAAUGUAUUACGAAUGCAAAACAAUCGUAAAUCAAAACUUGUGAUGCUUCCCUAGUUCAUAAUUUAAAGAGUACAGAAUUUGUCUGUGAUAAUUGUGAUACAUUCAGCCUUGUAGUCAUACAGUAUUUCACAUGUAUAAUAAAGCAAGAUCCACUUCAUCUCAUUGCACUAGUUUAAAGUUGCAUCUCUAAUAAUGUUUCUCUGCAAUGUUGUGUAACAGUGUUAAACUUUACAAAUAUCCCAAAAACAAAAUAGCAUGUGGCACUUGCAUGAUGCUUCACCUUUAAGGAGUUGCGUUGUAAUUCAUGGUUAUGCAGUAUUGUGACACGCAAGCUUUACUUCAUUUUGUGUAACUGAACAUGCGCACUGAUAACUGUUGUUUUGAUCAUACUGAUCGGAAAUUAAAUGUCUGUG